GUGCAAAGGAGAAGCCUGGAUCGAAAUAGCUCGCUGGUCGCGUCUAUCUUUUGUUUAUUUCCCGUCCAUGCUACCGUCCGCUCAUCGUUCUGCAAAAUAAAAUGGUGGUGAGACUUGAGAGUGUGGUGGUGAGUGCGGUGAGACAGUGGUGAGUUACAAGAUCGAUCCACAAGACUACGCCGGGCUUGUUUACAGAUAAGAUGCGCUGCAGUUGCACUGACCACUGUCACUAGAUCCUCCAGAUGUGUCAGUGUGCUGUAGCGAGGUGACCCAGCGAGACAUGACGCCGCCGAUGUGCGACUUGGGAUGAAGCAGUCACUGAAACUGCAAGGUCGCAACUAUCAGCGUCGUCGACGUCGGGGUAGAAGAAGACGAUAUCACUCCCUGUCACCAUGUUCACCAGAAGGAACUGGGUGCUGCGUCUCAGCAUCAUCCUCAACAUCGCCGUCCUACUGUAUGUAGGGAGACACAUCGCCUCCAAGAAUGGAGGUGUCGACUUCAUUGAAGAACUUCAAGCUUCCGGGAGGAACUUGGCAUCAAUCGACAUUUCUCAGUUGCCUUUAGAGCCUGCAUCUUCAGGCGGUAAUUCAGCUGCUGCUAAGUUCAUUAUACUUGACAAUACAGAUAGAAGUGCAACUGCUAGAGGCCAAUCUAAUUCUGAAGGAAAGCAGUCACCGACAGUAGUUUCGGCUUCGGACGUUGCAUCGUCUAUCAUAAUAUCGACGAAAAAACCUACAAAACCUUCGUCAUCCGUAGCGACUUCAGAACAAUCUGUUGUAAUGGAUUUGAGAGAGCAGAAAAGCUCUCAGAGUGUGCCGGAAACUCUACAAUAUGUUAACGGUACCAUGAAGAAGCUGGAGGACGCGGUGAAGUGCCAUGAUAGAAGCGUUGAACCACGGACCGCACAGCGGAGUGAUUUCUGGGUGUUGUAUAAUUACAUCCCAGCCACCCGAAAGUUCCGUUGCCAUGAGAGUAUAACCUAUACGACUCACGCAGACUAUACAUUUCUAGAUAAUCUCGUCCCUUUGUUAGAAAGGUGGCAGGGACCUGUAUCUUUGGCAAUGCAUGCCCCAGGGACGGAUUUCGCUCCCACAUUGGAAGCGAUACGCUAUGCGCGUGAUUGUCUCUCGCCUUUAAUUAGUGAAUUUGUGACUUUUCAUGUGUUUUUUGGUACGAGACAUGUUCCGAAGCAGGUGCCUUCGGCGAGCAGUGUAAUAAAGGAAUCUGCCAAUUGUUCCCUGCCUGCCCCUUGGGCGAAUGUCUCUUCGGCGGCUCUUUACAAGACCAAGGCAAAGAUUCUUUACCCAGUCAACAUUGGAAGGAAUGUGGCCCGGGAGAGCGCAGUGACCCACUACAUUUUGCCUUCGGAUAUCGAGCUGUACCCGAGCCCCGGACUCAUUCAGAACUUCCUUGACAUGGUUCGCAGGCAGGACCCGCCCCUCCUGCACACCAACCCCAAAGUAUUCCCUUUACCCAUAUUUGAGCUUGAGAAGGGAGUCGAGCUCCCAGCCAACAAGACACAGCUGGUGACCAUGCUGAAGAAUGGAACUGCAAUCCCAUUCCACAAGAAAUUGUGUCCUGGCUGUCAUAACAUCCCCAAAUCAAAGGAGUGGAUAGCUGCAAAGGAGACCACUGGAUUGCAUGUGUUUCAUAUUGGAAAGCGCACAGGAUACUUUGUUCACUGGGAGCCUAUCUUUAUUGGUACACAUUAUGACCCAUUGUAUGAUGAGAGACUUAGCUGGGAGGGCAAGAGUGACAAGAUGACGCAGGGCUAUGCACUGUGUGUACUGGACUACGAGUUCCAAAUCUUGGAUAACGCAUUCCUAGUACACAAACCAGGUAUCAAGACAAUGAAGAAGGAUCCGCAACGGGCCAUGUUGGCUGGGAAAACCAAUGCACUCAUAAGGAAGGUCAUAUUCCCUGAACUGAAGGUGCUGUAUGGUACCAAGAAGGGUUGUGCAGUUUGACCAAGGUUGACUCCACCCAGCAACAAAACCUCGUGCAGGUGAUAGUGGAGUGCACCACUGUACUUAAUUGUAACAUAGUCUCAAGCAUUACAUGUGCCAUGUUGCUUAGCAUUAAACUUAGUAUGGCAUGAAACUUGCAGUGAUAUCUAUGUUGUUAUUGUUGUAGUAAUGAAAGAACAAAGCUGAACAAAAGCUUUCUGUAGUUCUAAUUAUUUUCUGAGAGACAGAACUGUGUUAGUUGUAAGAUUUUUUUAACUGGCUUAUUUUCUGAAUUUUCUUUCCUCAUAAUGGUUCCUUUUAAACAGGAUGUUUAAUUUGAUUAGGCUUCUGAAGAGCCUGCUUGCUUCAUUCCAGUGUUCUCAGUCUGAUUUUUCAAGUAUCCCCAGAAAUAAUUUUAUUAUGUCCUAAUUUUACUUUCUCAUUAACUAGUACUGAGCAAUGUAUUCUAACCCAUGAACAGAAAGAACUGUGGGAUAUUUAGGACUUUUUUUAUGUAAAUUUCCUCUCUCUUAAUAUGAAACUUAACGAGAAAGUGAUGUGGUUUUUAAUACACUAUUAAUGAGUUGUCCACCUUUACCAGACAUUUCUAACAGUAAGUAAAGACUUUCAAGAUGGGGUAGUUUGUACAUCCGGAUAUUCACAAAUAGCCAUGGAGUUCACAUAUUUGUAGUGUUGGUUGUUUAUGUAAAAACAGGUAUUUACUUUGAUUUUUUAUUCAUGUGUCUAGUCCCUAAUUAUUGCAGUUUUAUACACAGAUGCAAUGAAUUAUGAAGUACUGUAAAGGAUUUAAAAAAUAUGUGUGUAUUGAACCCAGCAACCAAAUUCAUUUCCAUUUACAUUGGAACCCAUCUGAACAAAAGUUACAUUCUUUGUAAGAUGUCAUCAUUUGCCAUUUUAUGUUCCUUUAUUUAUAUGAUACUAGUUUGCUCUUGCUUUAAAAGCCUACAUGUGUACCACAUUUUAUAGAGGGAGCUGAGUAGUGUUGUGUUCCUUCUGUACUUCCCUUAGGUUGAUGAAUAGACAAAACAAUUCACAGAAGUAUGGGGCAUGGAGCAAAUCCAAUACCUAUAACAGGAAUUUAUGUGUUCAUUAUUGAUAUUCAUGUAAGUCAGGAAUUGUGUAGAUCAUUCACAUUCCAACUUAAGCAACAGAUUCUAUGCAAUGGAGUCAAAGCACUUUAUAUGGAAGGGAAAAGAUGAGACAAAUUGAUAAUUAGAAAAUGUCCAAAUAUUUAUUAUGUUUAUUCAGAUGGAAAAUAUGGGGGUACUUAAACCACAGACUUGAGAUACACUGCAUUAAAGAUGAAUAUGGAUUUGUAACAUGAGGACUGGCAUUACAAUUUAAUUUGAGUGUUCUGAAUAUUUAUAAUAAACAAAAAUGUUAACAUAUGCAAAUAUUAUAAGGCAAUAAUUGAUGCAAAAUAGAUUUACAAACAGAUUUUUGAACGUACAAAAUGAUGCAUGUUCCCAAGUAAUCAUUUUUAGUUUGCUGAACAGUAAUUCUAAUAUUCAGAACUCAAGGGUAUAAGCUUUAGACCAUAUAAAGUCACAAAUUCUGUGCAUCUAUAAAUAAUAAUAAAUAAUUGCCACAGCCAAGUAUUUACCUCUUCCACCAGUUAAAAAAAUAAACAUGUAACUUGUGUUUAAGUAGUAAUGUACAUGCUGAGUUAAACCUAAUUCUGACAUUCUUCCCAUUAUAUUUCAGGCUGCAAGAAAACAUUUAAUGCUUUUAUUAUUGCCUUUUUAUUAGAUGAGCAUCAAGACUUUCCUGUUUCUAGUCAUAAGGAGGUAAAAAUAUAGAAAAUUCAAUACAUUCCUAGAAAAAUUUGUAUAGUUUUGAGUGACAAGGGAAAACUAGAUGUAUGUGAAACAAUUAAAUGCUCCAAUGAAAAGAGUCUCGGUGCAGAAUUGGUAACAUUGUUUCUGUGUGAAUGUUCAAUAUUUGUGCCAUUAUAAACAGUAUAGUUCAUAGAUAUGUUGGUCUUUACAAAACGUGAUGGAGUAAUAAACAUGUCGGGAUUGUGCAGUGGUUACAAAGUCAACUCUAAAUUCACAAUUAUAUUUAAAAAUAGUACUGAGUCCUUCACACCAGCAUUUACAUUGCAUUAUGAAGAAUGUGUGCCUUAUCAUCUGUUCCGAUCCUAACCUUUCUAAAGACAGUAUACAUAAAGAGAUUUAGUCUCUAGGAUGUAGAGUUUGAAAUCUGUAGAUAAGGAAUAGGUAGUAUGAAUACAAUUUUUUAUUAAUAAUUUUAAUUUUUGGUUUCUAGACACAUUUUGAUAUAGGAAACCCUUCUCCAGAAAUAUUGUUUUUGAACAUUUGAGGCAUGUGGAUAGAUGUCAGUGGUGCUGGUUAAGAGUUAUGUUCCUGCUUGAUAUUGUGUGUGUCUUUUAUAAUAGGUGUAUGAGUACUUAUUGUAACAAGGAUGACAGACCAUUUAAGGCAUUGUGCCAAAACCUAAUACAAAAAAUAUCGUUCUCACCUCACAAGUCUAUGUGUAAAUUAAUGUUUUGUUAGUAAUUUAGUUGCUUCUUUACAUCAGAAUACAUCUUUGAAAGAAAAUUUUGCAUAUCCAACAAUUAUUUUUGGUUUGCAACUUGUGGCACUCAUGCCAGUGGCUCAUCAUCACUGAAUUAGACAAUGUAUUACUGUAUGUUUUAUUUAGCCUUCAAUAUAAUUUUUCUUAUAUGUAUGAUGUAUUGCUAUCCUUAAGCUUGAUUUAUUUUCCUUAUGACAUGAAACAAUACCGACAUCUGGUUCCCAAAAGAAUAGUUAUGAAUCUGUGUGAUUCCUCUCAAUAAAAAUGGCAAAGGAUUUAGACAGAUGAUAGUAAAAAUUACAUGUACAUCUCUUGGGCUUCAGUUGUUGCAGCAGUAUGGAAAUAUGACACAGUAGGCAUGAACUUGUAUUCAAAACCCAUCAGUGCUUCUCAAACUAUUCUUGUGCUCUUCAGUGCAACAUUACAGACUAUAGCUUCUUUAUGUUGUGAAAGCUAGCAUGUGUUCUGAAUACUCAUAAUGUUGGUAUAUCUUUUCUGCUGUAGAUGUGAAUUUUUAAAUGACUCAGCAUAAUAAAACAAAUUAUAUUUUUACAUAUCAUUCCUGUAUUAUAUAACAUGCAGUACGGUAAAGCUUAGUAAAAAAUGUCUUAUGUAAGAUCUAAUCCUCCAUGGGUAGUUCAUAGUUUGAGAAGCUCUGCGCUUCUGUAUCAUAUAUAUAUAUAUAUGUUUGAUCAAGUUGAUUUUAAUCUGCCAGCAAGAUAAUGUUUAAAAUGGCUAAUUUUCAUAAUAUUCACUAUUAAUAUUAUUUUUUAUAAUACAAACAUUUAUUCUGAUUAUCUGAAGUUGUGUCAUGUAGAAUGCAAAUUUAAUUUUGCAGUUUAGCAGUCUAAUAUUAACAGGACAAAACUGAUUGACAUGGAAACCAUGUUUUUAUGUGAAAUUAAAGACAUUAGGAGAAAAUUAACAUGUUGAUAAUCCUAGCACAAAAAGAGCCACUGAGAAUUAUAAUCUAGCAUUCUGUAUAUUAAAAAAUGUUCUUGAAACAGGUGAUAAUAGCAUACAUAUGUUUCUUUAGUUUAUUUUACAAACUAAAUUAUCUCCACAGCACAAUCAUGAUUUAUAGAAGAAGGAAAAAUUCUGUUCCGAACAUUGUAAGUAGGCUCUCACUGUGGACCUAAAUUUGCAUCUACACAUUGAACAUCAUGAUGGUGAUCUGCAACUACAUAACCUCUGUUAUUUUAUGCCUGAAAUGUCUUUGGGGAUAUGUCAUCAUCAAGUAGUGACAAAGAUUGUUACAGCAUUGUCAUAAAUUUACUAUCUUCCAUUUUCACUAUACUUUUGAUAUUCAUAUGCCAGAGUGAAACUGAAGCAUACUGGAUUAAUUCAGUCCAAUAAUGAACCAUCUGUUAUAACUUGUAAUUGUAGUCAAUAAGUGACUGAUCCCACUCUACAGUUUCAGCUGUUCAGCCAUCUGCAGGAUGUCCAUCAAAUUAAAACAGUACAAAAAUUUUUACUUAUCAUUAUUUAAUGCAGAUACAUUAUCUGCUAUGUGGGAAUCCAGAAACUGACUCCUUUCAAAAUUUUCUUAAAUGAUUUAUAUGCUAGCUUGAUCAAGAGGUGUAAAGCCAACUAAACUAUUAACAAAACAAAUAUUGUUGAAACUUUUUACUGACAACAACCUUGUUUUUGGUGACUUUUUGCAGGAUGAAUAAUUUCUAAUAUAGCUGUGUGAGGUGAAACACGCUAAUUAAUUUUCAUUUUCAGACUCAUUUCACGAAAGAUAGUAUGAAAAUGUUUAGUUACCAACAUUAAGCUGUGAAUUAGAAUGUAUUUAAGUCAUAACAGAAUUUCACUUCCAUCAGUCAGCAAACUUAAGAUAAGGUUUUCUUACAUAUAUAUUCCUGGUUCUGUUGUUUGUAUUAUAAAGAAUACACAACUAACACUAAAACUUAAUACUAGAAAAGUAUUUAAAUGCCUUUCAAGAGUGCAUAAAAUACAUGAAAUUGCUUCGAAAUGAGAAGUACUUUAUGUGUAUAUAACGAAGUUGUGUAGUUCCUGAAUACAGCUAUGAUCUUUGCUGUAUACUUUCCAUCACUAUGAGGUCAGCGAUUAAUUGGUCAUGGUUGGCCAUGUUAUUGCCACAGUAACAGAGGAAAGAAGAGUUUUAACAUAUUAUAUUUAUGAGAAUUAGCAAAAACAACACACUUAUUGUUCUAUUAUCCAUGAUUCCUUACUAUAUAGGAGAGCUUAUAUGAGUUGUAGGGUAGUAUGGUGGCAUUAUUUACAUAUAUAAAUAUGUUACCAAUUUCAAGAAAGUUGGUAGUAAUUCUUCAACAUUAAAAUUAUGUUUACCAAAAUCGUCUUACUGGAGAUGUUAUUGAACACAGGAUUUUUCUUCCAUAAAGAUGGUAUGUCAUAUCCCCAGAGACGUUUUAGAGUAAGUUUAAUGUAUAUUAUGCAAUAUUUUUCUUUCCCCAUCACCUUUAUCUGUGUAGUAUCAAUUCUGUCACAGUGGCACAUGUACAAGAUUGUACAGUGGUAAUUAUGGUGACUGCUGUCACCUAAUUCAUUAACAAAUAAUGUCUAUAGGUAAGAUUAUGUAAUGUGUAGUGAUAAAGAGAUGGAGACUGAUAAUUCUGCACCUGAACUAUUUGGUAAGUAUUGCUGUUGCUAUAAUAUUACAUGCCACUUAUUUACCGUUAGAUUUAGAUAACCAUUGCAGGAUUGGUAGUUAUGAAUCGUGGAAGGAUUUUGAAGAAUGUAGCUCUUAUUUCUGUAGCAUAUAAUUUGUUUCUUGUCUUAUUAAAGUUAUCUCGAGUUUGGCAAAUUUAGUCUGGAAAGUAGAGUGUUGGAAUUAUAUCUGGAUCUAUUAGUGGAAUGGGAUAGAUAUGAAAAAUUGAAAGAAUAUUUAAAUUUGAUGGGAAUUUACUGAAGAUGGCUGUAAUGUCACAUUAAAAAAUGUUAUAAUAUAUGAAACUUUCACAUAAUCUUCUGAAGCAAUCAGCUGCAUUGGGUUGACUCAGGGACUACUGUUUUAGACACUUGCUAUGUCACAAUUACAGUCAAUGUGGGCGACAUUCCACAUGUCCUGAUGAGGAUGACAGAGCAAGUCUCAAAACAUUUCAUUCAAAGAUCGAUCAUUGGUACAAGACCACAAAAUAUAGAACUUUUCACAGAAUAUAUUACGUGUAUCAUAAGCAAUAGCAAAAGGACAUACAUUUCAUAAUAUAUAUAUAUGCAACAAGCCACCAUAAAAUAAAUGCUGUCAGUUAUGUAUACAAUAUCUGUAAUUGAAAUAAAUCUACAAGAACAUAAAACCAAUUACAGAAUUAUAUAAUAAAACAAUAUACCACCUAAAAAUCUCAAUCUAUGGUUUAAAACAAUCUCUUUAUACUUGUUUCUACUAAAACUCUUUCCCUUCAGUCAACAACUCUCAACAAGUACACUGUUUUCAUGAGUUCCACACUCCUCCUCCUCAGUCACAAUUAUAUAUCCCUACUUAUUUGCUCUGUAGACAAUUGCACAGAUGAUGUAAACAACGUUCUGUUUAUGGAACAGCAGCAAUAAAAUGCAAAAAUCUAAAUCUUUAUUUCCAGCAAUAAUAUACCUCUAUGGUAUAGAAGGAAUUUGUGAGAAGAAAUCUCUUUAAGGCUGCUCUAAAUUUAGAAGUGUCAUUUACGAGUUGCAUAAGAGCCAAAGAAAGAUGAUUAAAAAGUUUAAUAGGAGUAUAACUAACUCCUUUCAUAUAUAUUGAUAAAUUUGCUACUGGAAAAUUAAGAUAAGUUAUAUUAGCCAGGGAAGCAAUCAUCUUAACUGCACAUCCCCUCAUGUGACUAUCAUGCAUUAAUGAAACUUCUGUGGGAACAUCCCACAUACUAACACGUGGUUUUGCCGGUCUAACAGACAGCACUCACUCCUAGUCAAUAUCACAUUGCCACACUCUGUACAUUCAAUUUAUACAAUUUAAUAUAUACAAUUGUUACAGAUUCACAUGGUUGUCUUUUAGAACAUUGACAAUCCCACACUUCAUGUUUUUGACACUUUAAAUAUGUUUCCUUGUUGUUAAGCAGUUUCAGUGUAGAUUCCUUCACUAAAUUACAUAAAUGAACUAAUUUUCUGUUCACAUUAUUAAUUUCAUUGUCAUUAUCUUUCUUUGAAGAGUUAAUUUGACCAUUAAUAAUAGUUGGUUUAUACUUUAGAUUAUGAUCAAUUGUUGGUUUAUUCUGUUCUUUAUGAUGAUCUAAUAUAGGUUGUUGAACAGCAUUCUUUGGGUGAUGGAUAUCCAGGGAUUCAUAUCUUUCCAUUAUCCUUCCUUUUCACAUACAGGUAAUUGCUUGAAGAAACUUCCAAGUGUUUCCGGAUGAUUAGCUUUCAUUCUUUCAUCUUGGCAAACAGCAGUUUCUGAUUGGUUAGCCAAUAUAGUAUAUCUGUUAUUAUUUUCUAUGGGCUGAUUUAAUUGACAUUUAUUAAAAUUUCUUGCCCUAAAUUCGUUGUAUGGUUGUGCGCUGGCCCAUUCCCUAGGCGAAGUGAUAUCAAUACUAGUUUCAUACUCUAAAGUAGUGUCAGAUGGCUUGUACGUCUUCUUUGUAGUAAUAUCAUUUAUCUCUAUACAAGAGCUUAAUUAUUAAUUGAGAUGAACUUAAUUCCUUACAUAGUUCUUCUAAUUGGCUCACUAAGUUCACACAAUUUAAGCAGUUAUAUUCACUAUUAUCAACUGUAUUAUAACUUUGUUGUUGAGACUCCAAUUCCCAUGUUACAUUACAGUCCGCCAUAUUGAAAGAUUGUAUAUUAACAUAUAAAGACAGAUGCUAAAUAUCAUGUUAAGACUCUUAAUUCUACAACAGACUCCUGCAAAUGUUUUAACGCAGGAACCAUAAACACAUUCAUUCCCAAUAGGCUAAUAGGUGUCAUCACUGAUGAUAGACUCACUCACAGUCCAGCUGUAACAUAUACAUAACAAAUGAAAGAACAAUUAUAGAACAUUAUUCAUUCAGCUGAUGUGGGGAAUGUUCCUCACACCAACCCCAAUGAUGAUAGCAGAGCAAGGCUCCAAAACAUUACUGCUCAACUGAGCCCUGAUGUAGCUGAUUCCCUGGAAAGAUUCUAGUCCAUUUAAAAAUUAAUUGUAAAAUUUUCUGUUACUUUUGUUGAGAAAACUAAAUCUCAGAAUCAGCCAAAUUAUGAAAAUAUAUGUAGUCCAAUUUAACUGAAACUUAACAGAUGUAAAACAUUUUUUAGCAGAUUCAUAUGUUAAAUUCUCUGUCACAUCUCUGUGUCACCAGACAUUUGCAUGGUUAUAGAGAAAGGGCAGUCUUAAUCUGGUUCAUAUUACGGCAUUGCUUGAGGCAUCCAUAUUGUGUAUAGUAGAUAUAAGAACACUUAGAGAUGAGAAAAUCAAUUGUCUAUGUUAAUGUGUAUCUGAAAAUACUCAGCCUGGAGUGAUGACAAACAAAAUAAGAAGUUUGCAUAUUUGAGUACUUUUCUACAUUUUGUAACUUAAGAUCCAAAGAUGCCAACUUUUACCCUAGAAAAUUGCUCAAGGCUGAAUGUUUUUGCAGAAUUUGGGGGUGAAGGGUUAUUGGUGGAGGUUGGUGUAGCCACAUAUAACACAUUUAAAGUGCUCAUUCUCCAGUUGGCUCAGGGGUAUCUGGAAUGAAUAUUAUCAUAGCAUAUUGGCGUGUUCAUUUGUUAUGAAGCCUGUGUUCUGUAGUAGGGCAGAGUAAGAGUGGUAUAAGAGUCACGGUGUAACACAGUACCUCUUGGUGCCAUUCUAAUGUCAAAUACAGAGUUUGCAGAUAUGAUUAUAUGUAUUACGAGUUUUAACAUUUUUAAUUCUUAUCUCUUAACCGACUGAAAGUGGUGAGAAAUAAACUUAUAAGUUAUUUACAAAACCACAUA